AUGUCAUCUCAACAAGGAAUACAAUUCUUUGAAGAGCUUAACUCUAUUGAUGCUAGUAUCACUACGAUACAAAACAAUAUUAGCCAAAUUCAAAUAUUAGAAACACAAAUUUUGAAUAGCACUGCGUCAAUGCGAGAGGAUGAGCUUAAUAAACAACGUAAUAUCCUGAUGGAAAAUACAAGGAAGCUCUUGUUCCAAAUAAAAGACCGCAUCAAGAAAAUUGGAUAUGAAAAUGCUCGAAUACCAAAAUCCGAUCCGAAUAUCAGUUCUCGGACACAACAACACCUACGCCUUCAUGAGAAAUUCAAUAGUCUUCUUAAUGAAUAUCGCGGGAUCGAAGAUUUUUAUAUUGGACAACAAAAAGAACGAAUCGCUCGUCAAUACAAAAUUGCUAAUCCUCAAGCUUUGCAAGAAGAAAUCGACGAUUAUGUAUCUAAUUCGUCAAAUCAGCCAGUGUUUGCAAAUGCUGUACGCACUGGUGAGGCCCGUAAUGCAUUAGCUGAAGUUCAGAAACGGCAUGGUGACAUUAAACAAAUUGAAAGUACCAUCACUGAACUAGUUUCUUUAGUCCAAGAAAUGGAGCUUACAGUAAAUUCUCAAGAUCCUAUUAUCGGUGAUAUCGAAAAUAAUACGGAAAAAGUUACAACGGAACUUGAACAAGCGAGUCAUGACAUUGCAAAAGCAAGAGAAAGCUCACUAGGCGCUAGAAAAAAAAAAUGGAUCUUCUUUGGAAUCAUAGCUUUGGUCAUAUUAAUCAUAAUCGCAAUUAUCAUAGCCAAGUUGCCUAGGCAG